UCGUAUGAAAUUUGAAUUUCUUGCUAAUAAUCAACCAUCAUAUUAAUAGUUGAUGUUAAAUCAGAUUAAAUUAUGUAACCAAUAGGAUUGGUCUGGUUUUCCAACUUACGAUUGUCUUGGUGACCCCACAAUCCGUGUCCCUGUGUCAUGGGCGAGCUUUGAACAAAUUUAUCGCCACCGACAUUGAGACCCGGUAAGCAGUUGUUUAUUGAAAUAGAAAGCUAAGCUAAGGGUUUUGGGAUUUGCAUUUCCUCUGCUUUGCUUUGAUGCAUUUUUCUGGGAUCUGGUUUUUGUUUUUCAAGUGAUUUCUGAGCUGGGUUUAUAAGUUGAGCAACCAAGAAGUGGUGGUGAAGUGGCGGAGUCAUGUCAUCAGCAGUUGGCUAUGGGGAGUUUUCUUAGUUUUGAAGCAAGGGUAGUUUGUUUGGUAAAAUUUGGUGAUUGGAGUAAAAGUUGGGGGGUUUGGGAUUUUCAAUUUGAUCGAAUUAUUGUUUUGGAUGAAUCAUGUGAAGCUUUCGUUUGAGGAAUUUUCUUUCUUUAAUGAGACUGUGUGUGUUGGUAUAUGUGAGAAUUUAUAGGUAUUCUUAGUGUACCAUCAAUUUGAUCUGGUGACUGAAUUGAUGGCUACUCCAUCACAACCUCCACAGUCUUCUUCUCCUCCUCAUGCGGCGUCGCCACCACCUUCUGUCACCAGUCCACCACCACUUACUCCACCUCCCUCCCCAAGUACUACUCCUCCGACUAUUGCUAAUCCACCACCAUCUCAACCUCAAUCUCCACCUCCAGAUGUUUCCAGCGCUCCACCUCCUCUCCCCGCAUCCCUCCGCCUCCAGUGGCCACCGUAUAUCACCUCCUCCCAGUUCCACCUCUCCCCCUCCUCCUCGAGCUGUUCCAUCCACUUCCCCUCCGCCAGCACCACGACCACGAUCAACCCCAAACUCAGUCCUCCGCCAUGCACCUAGGCCAUCACCUCCACAACCACAAUUUCAUGGCCACCUCCGUCUUCACCUCCACCACCACAAAAUUCAUCUUCACCUCCAUCUCCAUCUU